UGUGCGCGCGCGCUGGGUGUUGCCUAAUGUUUUGGCGAGGGGUGACAGAUAUACCUCUGGCCCUGCUCUUUUAGCUGGGCCCGCGGAUGAUUUAAGUCUCGCCGGGCCCUUCACUCAUCAGUCCGCUCAGAGCCACGUCCGGCAGCAUCACCGCCAGAACGAGCGCAGCGCGUCCGACGGACAAGAAGUCAUUUUCCGCGACCUGCCGGGGUGGGAAUGCAUCCCAGUUCAAUGACCUCGACUCCCUUUUCGGUCAAGGAUAUUCUGAAGCUGGAGCACCACCACGACUUCGAUAAUGAUUUUCUGAUGACUGAACAAGUCGUUCCGAUGCAGCAUCAGCACGUGCACGCUGCGUCCCGCAGCGGCGACUUUUACGGCUUCCACGCGUUGCCCCGCGUCUCCGGGACAGAUGGGAAGCUGGACACUCACAACUCGGCAGCAGAGGAGGAGAUAGCUGAGCAGGAGCUGAGCAGCGUGGACAGUUCAUCCGACUGCGACAAGAACGCAAGGAGCAAACCCAGGCUGCGCAGGAAGCCCCGGGUGCUCUUCUCCCAGGCGCAGGUGUCCGAGCUGGAGAGGCGCUUCAGGCAGCAGCGCUACCUGUCCGCCCCGGAGAGGGAGCAGCUGGCCCACAUCCUCCGACUCACCUCCACGCAGGUGAAGAUCUGGUUCCAGAACCGGCGGUACAAGUGUAAGCGCCAGAGGCAGGACAGGUCCCUGGAGCUGGCGGGUUACCCACCGGCGCCGCGGAGGGUGGCGGUGCCGGUGCUGGUGCGGGACGGGAAGCUGUGCGGCGCGGGGUCGCACUCGGCGCCCUAUAACGUGACGCUGGGACAUUAUAACCCCGUGUUUGGGUACGGAAACGGCGUGUACGGCUGCAGUUACCACAGGGGGUCAGCGACCGGCGACGUGACCGGCGCGCACGUGUCUAAUAACCAGCGAUUCGAUGGAACGGGCGCCGGCGACGGGGCCUUCAGCUACGGACACUUCCAGGCUUCGUUACGGGGCGUAAGAGGCUGGUGA